CGGUCAGCAGCAGCAGCAGCAGCAGCAGCGGCGCAUCUGCGCUCCAAUCAAUCACGGGAUGUGAACGCGUCCAGGGCCCGAACCCGAACCCUCCCGAACCCUCCCGAACCAAUCGUGUUUUUCUUUUCGGAGCCGGUAUGUGAGGAGCGGUGAGAUAAACCGGAAGCGCGGUUAUGACAGAAGGGAGCGGGCUGUUUGCGGAGAUGAGGCGGGGGGCGACGGCAGAGAGGUGCUACCGAAUCGUUGCUCUCUGGCCGAGCGUCGUUGUGUUUUAGCGGACCCCCACCCCCCAUCAUCUUCACCGUCAGCAUCAUCAGCAGCAGCAGCAGCAGCAGCAUCAGCAUCAGCAGCUGCUUCAUCAUCCUCGUCGUUUGAUUUCGGGCUGUGAGAAGCUACCGGACGUUUGUGCGCGGGUAUGACGGGCUUGCUGGCGGGCUCGGUACGGGCCGGAUAGCGGCCUGGCGCGCAGCCCCGGUGUCGGACAUUAGACCUGCGCACGCUCCCGGUUCUUCAUCUCGAAUUCUCUUACAUCUCAGGGAAAAUAGAGAGAAAUAAAAUACACAAAUUAAACAUGUCGUCCCGGUCUGCGUUACCGUCUGCUACCGACCGGAGCUCGGAUCACCACACGUCUCUGGCGGCCAGCCGCUCGGAAAAAGGGACCAGCGUGUCCAGCCGCUCUCUCGGCGCGCGCUGCCGCAACUCCAUGGCGUCGUGCUCGGACGAGCAGCCGCACAUCGGCAACUACCGGCUCCUCAAGACCAUUGGCAAGGGCAACUUCGCCAAAGUCAAACUGGCCCGGCACAUCCUGACCGGCCGAGAGGUCGCAAUAAAGAUCAUCGACAAAACUCAGCUGAACCCGACCAGCCUGCAGAAGCUCUUCCGUGAGGUGCGGAUCAUGAAGGCUCUUCGUCACCCCAACAUAGUGCAACUGUUCGAGGUGAUCGAGACGGAUAAAACCCUUUAUCUGGUCAUGGAGUACGCCAGCGGAGGUGAGGUUUUCGACUACCUGGUGUCUCACGGAAGGAUGAAGGAGGUCGAGGCCAGAGCCAAAUUCAGACAGAUCGUCUCGGCCGUUCACUACUGUCAUCAGAAGAACAUCGUUCACCGGGAUCUGAAGGCGGAGAACCUGCUGCUGGACGCCGACUCUAACAUCAAGAUAGCCGACUUCGGUUUCAGUAACGAGUUCACGCUGGGGAACAAGCUGGACACGUUCUGUGGUAGCCCGCCCUACGCCGCACCCGAACUGUUCCAGGGCAAGAAAUACGACGGGCCCGAAGUGGACAUCUGGAGCCUGGGGGUCAUCCUCUAUACGCUGGUCAGCGGCUCGCUGCCCUUCGACGGGCAGAACCUGAAGGAGCUGCGUGAGCGCGUACUGAGAGGGAAAUAUCGAGUCCCCUUCUACAUGUCCACCGACUGUGAGGGGAUCCUGCGCAGGUUUCUGGUGCUCAACCCCACCAAGCGCUGUACGCUGGAGCAAGUCAUGAAGGAUAAAUGGAUGAACACAGGGUACGAGGGGGACGAGCUGAAGCCCCACAUAGAGCCGGCCGAGGACUACAGCGACGCCAAGCGCAUCGAGAUGAUGGUGGGAUUGGGAUUCACUACCGACGUCAUCAAGGAUUCAUUACUCAAUCAGAAAUAUAAUGAAGUGACUGCGACAUACCUUCUGCUGGGCCAGAAGACUGAGGACGGGGCAGAGUCUCGUCUGAGUGGCAGCAUGACGUUGCCGAGAGUGAGACAGAGCCCCAUCACUAACGGAACCAACAAGCACUCCUCCACCGCCUCCGCCUCUUCGUCCGCCUCCUCCUCCUCCUCACACAGCAAGACGCAGCGCAGCGGCUCCACCUACCACCGCCAGAGACGGCACAGCGACUUCUGUGGUCCGAGCAUGCCGGUGAUGCACCCUAAGCGCAGCCCGACAGGCGGGGCCGAGCGCGAGCUGCGCGAGAGCCGCAUGCCCCCGCGCAAGGCCAGCUGCAGCGUGAUGGGCAGCCGCAGUCUCCCACCGUCCAGCCCCAUGGUCAGCACGGCCAACAACCCCAACAAAGCCGAGAUCCCCGACCGACGGAAAGACAUGACCGCCACCACCAAUAACAUCCCGGGCAGCGCCAUGACACGCAGGAACACGUACGUCUGCACCGAUCGAUCCAGCACUGAUAGGCAGUCACUGCUGCAGAACGGCAAGGAGAACAGCUCUCUGACUCACCGCCUCCCGCCGGCCUCUCCCUCCACCCUCAGUAUUUCGGGGGCGGGGGCGUCCUCCUCCUCGUCCUCGGCGGAGCGCUGUCGGUUGACCCGGGGCUCCACCAUUCGCAGCACGUUCCACGGCGGGCAGAUCCGUGAGCGCGUGCCGUCCGCCUACGGGCCGCCGCCCACCUCGCCCACCCUGAGCCACGACGCCUCGCUGCCGUCGCACGGCCGCUCGAGAGCCACGACCAACCUGUUCAGCAAAAUCACCUCCAAACUCACGCGCAGGGUCAAUCUCGACCCCUCUAAGAGGCAGGGUUCUAAUAAGUCAGUAUCGGGUUGCACUCUUCCACAGGGAUCCAAAACAGUUAGUAAGGUCACAAAUGAACCUGAGAGAGUCGGCCGACCUCCGAUCUCAAGUGGCCAUCUAUUUAGGGAUCAAGAAGAGGCAGAGCCCCGGUUCAGGGGAGGGGGCUGGGAUGUGAGGCCCCGUCACCUGCACGCUCCUGCCGAGUUGGUGCUGGCUGUGCGCGAUGCGGCGAGAGGGUGCGGCUGCGUCCGUGAGGCCCCGGGGUCAGCGGUCGGGUUCCAGGCAGAGGCGUGUCAGCUGAGCGUCAGCGGCGUGCCCUACACGCGCCUCUGGGGAGUGCCACUCGCUUUCACUCACAUGGCCUCGCGGAUCUACCGGGGGGUGGAGCUCUGAGCUCUCGGAGACACGCCCCUUCUAGUAUUUUAACUGACUCGGCCCCGCCCACACCUGGCUACGCGGACUUGACAUUGUCGUUCUACUUUUCCCCGGCCGACGCGCUCUCCUGAUACACAGCUGGAACGCAGAUGUGCGUCCACAAACAGUACACACACACACACACACACACACUCACACACACUGACCGACCUCAUUCACGGGACCUGGAUCGAUUCCAGAGUAGUAUUUUAUAUUCCUGUUCAAUUCAGAAUUAGCUGAAUUCUGUUCUUGAUGUCAUUCUGUUUUGUUUUUGGUGUUUCUUGUUCACUUCAUUUAUUAUAUUUAGUCAUUGCCGAGUCCCAGACGUCACUUGGAUCUGUAGCUUUUUAAUACCUCCACUUUUCCCCCUACGACUACCGACAAUUAAAGGAAUACUUGAGCAUUUAUUUAGUCUUUCGAGGCCAGCGUCCAUACACUUACGAAAAUAUGCAUCUGGAGAAAGUCAUUGCAAGAUUUGGCAUAAAAAUUCUAGCUGUGUCCCGAAUCGAAUGUCCCACAUUGUGCAUUAAUUAGACAUACGCUCCAGUGGCACAGCGCUAAAGUACGCUAGCCAGAUAUAGGGUUCGAAUCUCAGGCGUCAGCAUACACAGCAUUGGAAAAUGUUCAGGCCAGGGGGGGUUACUCUCAAUACCGAUUCUUUCAUCAAGGAGCGAAUUAUGCUCUGUAUUUCCAGGGCUGCUUUAAUAGCAUCAGUGAGCAGCGCCCCCCGGUGGUCACAGAUUUCUGUCAGAACAAUAGUCGUAAUAGUGGAGAUGUGCUGAAGUAUUCCUUUAAACAAACCAUUCGGCCGCUGCUACACUUCAUGUCGGUCCUGGUCAUCAAACACGCACCGACUGAUCCGCUGUAUCAGACGUGGGUCCGUCCAUCAUCUGAGAGAUAAACCUCGUCUCUCCUCCUGUAGCUGGACUCACCUUCUUUCUCAUCGUCUGGACCCUGCGAGGUGCCACAAGCUGUUCCUGGCUGGCAGUCGUGCCCUGAUUGGCAGCCUGAAUCGAUCAUGUCGUAUCAGCCGAUCACAGGCGCCCGUGAGCCCAAUAACAGACGAGCCCGGUGAUGUGACGACGCAGCUAUGUGCAUGCCUCGCAGGAAGCAUGUGCUAGCCUAGCUCUUACAAAUCUGUAGCUGUCAUCUGUGGGAGGGAACAGGAUACAUCUAAAUGAAGGGGGAAAGUGGGGGGAGUCCGAGCAGAGCUGUGAGGCGGAGUCUCUGCGAUUCAGGCUGUGUUUCAAUCUGACAAGCAGACUUGACAAAUGUAGCAGUGUGCACUUGUUUUCAGAAUUGGGACACAGCCUGAUUUUUAAGGGUUUGAGGAACUACAGAGUUCCAGAAUUGUGCUGAAUAAUAAAACCCUCGCUAAACGCAGAUUUUUGAUUGGCGGUGGAUACGAGGGCGUGGUCAUUCUGGGAAGCUUGACCUAGUAACUGACCAAUCAACACAAUGAUUCAGAAAACAAGAUGUUCUCAAAGAAGAGCAUCCAUAAGAGGGUCAGACUCGACCUGACGGGACGUUACAGUAAUAAUAAUAUUACAGGAAUGGGCGCAGAGUUAAAUUACGCUAGCCCACAACCCCUGGAACCAGGGUUUGAAUCCCCAGCGGUGCUAUCAGCCCAAAAGUGUAACCUGACUCCGUCGCAGCUCUACUCACACCUCAAAUCAAACUUGGUUCCAUGUAUGAUUUCCUCCAUCCCUUUUAUUUCAUUCCUGCGGUUCCUUUGUAGCGCUCCCAUCACGUCCAUCCUCGUCCACCCGGUACAUCCUGUCAGCUCUCAUGCCCUCGGUCGCACGCCAUACCGGACGUGACCGCAAGUCAAGAGGAAACUCGCUCACCCACGCGAUCGUCCUGUCUCGGACUCCUGUACCGGAGACAGUUCAGACUCGGACGCUCGGACACUCGGACGAACCCGUCGACUGUGCGUGCGGACCCAUGUGCGCCCGCUGGCCUCAGCUCUGCCACCGGAGGGCACUACUGUCUUAAAUGUGAACACUUAAAAUUUGUGGAUAUUUGCACAGGUACUUAAUUUAUUUUCUAGGAUAAUUAUCUCGGGAGAGAAAAUAAUAAUAAUAAUAAUUAAUAAUAAUUAAAAACAACAAAAGAAAUCAGAUGAUUUAUAUCAGUCAGACCCAGAGUGCAUAUAAAUCUGAAGCUAAUGAUAAUGAUGAUGAUAUUAAUAUGACUAUAGUAUUUAUCUUAGAGCUCCAGGUUCAUUUCUAGCUAGUGCAGGAUCCUCUGCGAGCUCUCCUGUGUGUGGUGAAGAUUAAAAAAUGGAACC